AUUGACGUUUAGACAGAUGUCAAAAUAAACAAAUUUCAUGAAAACUGAAAAGUUACAGAAACAGUAUUAUUGAAAGUUCUGAACAUUGAAGUCAAUAUGCCUGACCUCGACAUCCUUGAAAGAAGGAUUGCUGAAUUGGAACGGAAAAUCCUAGGAAAUGAUGUGAAUGCAAAAAACAUUAAUACAACAGUCACAGACUCAUUAUUACAAGCCCAAACAAUGAUUACAUCUGCAUUGAGUUGUCGAGAUGCCAUUACUACUCUAAUGGAUAGUAUGACCAAACUAGACGAGUUUUUAGAUCCGUUGUAUGUUGCACAGAUGAUUGAUGUUGAAUGUAAAAUGACCUAUAUACUUGAAAUACACGAGAACUUGAAAAAAGAUUAUGAGAUGUUGAAAGCAUUUGAAAAACUCCAAGGAAGCAUCGAUUCUGAAAACAUAAAUAAAUUAAUUGAUAAUGAGGAACGUAUUCAGUUAGCUUCGUUGAAAUCUUCUGAAGUUGAUGAAUUGGGCAAAACCACUACGCAAAAUGUAAUUAAGAUCCUAGUUGGUUAUAAUAAUAUGAUGAAGAAUAUCAAACUCUUAUUUGGACAAAUGAAUUUACUUUUGUCAAACCUAGAAUCUGGGCAACAGCAAUCUCCUGAAAGUGAGGAAUGAACAGCUUAAUUUUGAAAUUAUGAUGUAAUUUUCAAAUUCAUUUAUGUAACAGAUUCGUAUAAAUGCUGAAUUACUUUUAUAUGGAUUAAAACAAAGUUUUUAUUA